GUGUACAUAGCUUUGGAGCACACGGUAUGCCAGAGAAAAAUAAAAUAAGAUAUGAGAGAGUGAAGGGACGGGGAACGAGUGAGGAAGGGCAGAAUGUGGCAUAACAACAACGAUGCAACAAUCAAGAAUAAAUACAGCAUUUGUACUAUGAGUAAACAAAUUAUGGAGUUGAUCCUGUGGUGAGCUAAUCUGUCCCCACCCACUCUUUCUCUCUCUCCAUCCCCUCACUAACGGUGUACGAGAACUUCCCUCCACUCCUUCCACUCUGUCAUUCUCUUCCUGUUUCUUUUAUUGUACAAAGUGUUCAGUGACUCAGUUUCUACAAUAGUAACGGUCCAAUCCCUUGCUAAUUUGCAUCCGUUGUCAAAUCGUUUUGCUAUCUUUACUCAAGCCUCCGUCAACCAGUCUUGAUUCCCUCACAAACUGUCGUCAGAAAAUGUGAACAUUUUGCAGCAUCUCUGGCAACAUUGUACCACUCCAGCCGCGUUGAAACCUUCAAGUGCAACAUGUUGUCUCUAAACAUCUAAUAAUACCGCCUUAAAUAAGAGAGGUCGGGGAGAUUCAUCUUCACUUCUCUGUGUCAAUGCUAUUAAGUUAUGGCAGGUCUAGUUUACCAGGAACCCGGAUUCCAAAGAGUUGCUUUGAAAAAGUCGGCCUCCAUGAUCAAGUACUGCAAAUUUCCGCAAAACAUCUUCCUCGCUUUACUUCUUCUCCUGAUCUUUGUCCUGAUUGACUUCGUGUUGUUAAAUGGAUCUGUCUUUCGGAUCAGAGUGCGAGGUCCAGGUGACUGGACUUUGGCAAAGUUGCCGAAUCCGCCAAAUCGCGUAGAAGUAAUAACAGCGGAAGACGAGAGGGAAAAACAGGAAACGACGAUAAACCAGGACGACGAGCUGGCGCGAGAUGUUGCGGCCAUACCCGUCACCAUCGAGGAGGACAACUACUUGAGCAACGAAUCUUACUUCAACAUGACAGUGAGGAUGAACAUCAACUCUCCGACCUCGGCCAUCCCUCGGGUCUUGACGGAGCCCACAGAGCUGUGCGACAAGGACUCGACCACAGCCUCGACCCAUCAUCCGUUCUUGCUGAUGCUGGUUCUGUCCGGAUACAAAGACGCUGACGCUGACGCCCGUCGCGUCAUCAGAGAAACGUAUGGCAGUGUGACGCGCGGUAACACGUGGCCUGGAACUCGAGUUUCCGGUUCCACGGCGCUGGUGUUCGUGCUUGGUGAGCCCCCUGGUGCUGACGUCAGUCUGACGGCCACAGAGCAACGUCAGCAUGGGGAUCUGCUCAUCGGCGACUUCGUCGACACUUACCGCAAUCUGACGCUGAAGGUUCUCUUCGGCCUGCGCUGGUCCUUCUGGCAGUGCGCGCGCACCCGCUUCGUGUUGAAGGUGGACCAGGACGUCUUUGUCAACGUCCCGCUGCUGGUUCGCUUCCUGCAGGAGCGGGGUGAGUAUAACUCAGUGUACGGGUUCCCCUCGUACGGCCAUAAAGUGCAGCGUCGAGGAAAAUGGAAAGUAACGAGGACCAUGUACCCGUUCAGCAGGUACCCGACAUACAUGUCCGGCUCGGCUUACGUCUUGUCGAUGGACGCCGUGGGGAACAUCAUCAACGCUUCAAACUAUUUCCCGCCAAUCCCUGUCGAAGACGCAUUUUUCACCGGGAUCCUAUCCAUCGCCACAGGGAUUCGCAAGAUCUCUAGUCCUGCAUUCACGUUCAACAUGUACACGACCGAUCUGUGCGGUCUGAAGUACAACAAACGAUUCGUCACCAAGGUUGCAGAUAAACCCACGGUGUGGAAGCUCCUGAGGUACAAACUUUCGAAGGUGUGUAGCGGCCCGAGUCGUCCUCCAUGGCCAUCUUAACCGGGAAAAAGUUCUUAUAGAACCAUCAUGGGAAAAUGUUGCCAAACGCGGUCAAGCCAGUGUUUCUCUAAAUAAUUACUGGUCCACAAUUUGAAGCCUCUUUAAUUCACUUAACAGAGUAUUUGUUCAUAAUUUUUAUUAUUUGAUGGACUGGUACUCUCUUCUUUUCUCCUUCCCUCUUCUUUGUCUUUAACUCACCCCACGUAUAUUAAUGAGAAAGCGCGCGCACAUAUGGACACUCACAUGCAUGGACAUACAUAUAUAUAUAUACACAUAUACAUAUAAAACACACUCAUAGACACAUGUAUAAAUAGGCCAGAGUUAUUUCCCCUGCUAACUGUCGCCACUGUUGCACACGUGACCCCAGAGAUAAGACAGUCAAACCGACAUUGUUGUGACUAAAUUUUUUCAUCUUCUAGACCUUAUCUUUUUCCUAGUUUUUCAGUUAUUAGCAUUUCAUUAACAAGUGUCAGCUCUCAUUGGCGAGUGAAGUGUUUUAUCAGUGCCGCCUGUCACGUGCGUCUUGGUUAAACAUCGGUGCGGUCAAAAAUUAAAUUUAUUAUCUCUAUCAAGAUUUUUUUUCGUUGAAGCACAUAGUCAUGCACCUUAACUUUAUAAAAGUACAUCUUGCAGAAGGCUGUCUCUCUUAACUUACUUAAUGAAAUAACCGUCAAUACAACACACAUCAACACAACCUUAAUCCACACUAAUGAUAAUUUUCAUCAUUGUUACCCUCAACAGCAUCAUCAUCGUCUGUGUAUUACACAACGACUUUAAUUGUUUUGAAAUUUCUUCACAUAGAUGUAUAUGUUAAAUAUAUUAUCAAUGUUUAUUUUUUACACUGUUGUUUUAGCUUGAAUGUUCACUUGGAUGUCAGACUUUUAUACGAAUACUGAAUGUUUUGCAUAUUGAUUGUUUUCUAUGUUGGAAGUUCUCCAAAACGAUCGCAAGGAAU